UAUAUUACAUGUCCUAACGUAAAUAGGUGCGUAAUAGCAGUCUUAUUAUCUCAUGGAUCGGUUGGCUCUGGAAAGAAGUUUAUUUGAGAAACGUGUUAAAAAUUAAUUCGGUUGAUUCCGAUAAUUCUGAAUGUACAAAGUAAAACUAAACUUAAAGCACCAUUAUGAACAGAAAUAAAAGAAGAGGGGGUCGUUCAGUUGGAACUGGGUUAAUGUAUCAACAGAAAUCUGUCUCCAAAUCGAAUGAUCUUACCGAAAACAGAAAAUUUGAGGCUAUCCCGGAGAAGAGCAUUCUAAAAACUCCAUACAGUAAGUUUCUCUCGGAUUUUAGUAAAAAGGUCGUGAAUUUGAACAGCAUCACGAGGGCCUGGUCUAGAACAAUGACAGAGGACUAUAUCGACGACAAUGAUGAUACGAAUCAGAAUGAGACCUUAUACAAUAAUCAAUAUGCAAAGACUGAGUAUUUGCCAAUGCAGGCUCGUUUCGGAUCUAAACUCUCACCGGAGGCACAGUUUGCCAUGUUUCGCGGCUACGAAGAUAUAUUAGUCGGAAACAUUACCAAUUCAUAUCCAAACUAUACAAAAUACUUGAAAAGAACGAAAACUCCAACGUCAUGUGAAGUUCAGGUGAAUGAAGGAGAGUGUGGACUUACAAAUAUUAAUGAGAACAUUCACGUAUCCAUGACGUCACUGCAUGGCAACGAAACGGAAGUUAUAAGCCGUCCGAAUAGUGCGUUUAUUUCCUCGAGUGCGAUAAUAGAGCAGAACGAAAAAUGUCCAGAUCUUAUCCCUGUGAAAAAACAGCUAAGACUCACUGGAAGACUGGAGAUUGCAAUGGAUAUUUUAGACACCGUUAAAGAAAAACGGGGAAUGGUUGUUACAUCACCUCGCCUACGAUCACGAAGCAUAAGACCAAUUAACAACUAUAUCGCUUGGAACCACGCUUGGUGCAAGGAAUUUAGAAUCAGAAACAACUCGGUCGAAAAAUUUAAAUAAUUCAUGAAUCAUUUAAUGAAUUCAUGUAGCACUGUUACUUUAAUAGUUUAACCCUAAUGUAUGCAUUGUAUUUUUACGUAUACAGAAUACAGUUUGCAAUUAUUUUUACGUCUCCGUUAUUUUUUUUAGCUUGAGCCACAGAUACAAACACCUUUCGGUGUAAAAACCAGGGUGAUUGGGG